GACAGCAUGCCUUUAGAAAAGGGAGUGUGCAGCUGUGUUCAUCUCAGCAUAAAGGCAUCAAUUUUAUUCCACACUGUGGAAUGGAGACUAAUUAUACAGGGCAGGACACUAAGACCCUAUAGCAAAUGUCCUAAAGAGAGAUCCCUCUCAUUCAACUGAAUAAGGGGCCUUCAACCCUUUCCACUGACAAACCAUUAUCACCCCUGCUCAUUCAGGAGCCCUGCUCUGCCACCCUAUAGACCCUCCUCCACUGCAGGCAAAGGGAGGUCUUGGAAUCACAGAGCCGUUACUAUGGCAGCCGUUCUACUCUCCCCCACUCCUACCAUUAUGGAAUUAUCCCCUUCUGAAAUGUCCUGUUGUGUCUGCAACACCAAAUUUCCCCUCCCUUUCUGUAACUCUUUCCAAGCCCUCUAAAAAUGGUCAGAGGGCUCCAAAGACUUUGUCUAAAAAGCAGUAGUUCAGAGAGAGUCAAAGACAGAAGAACAAACACUGGAAUAUUCAUAAGUGCAACAGCAACUCCCCCUUCUAAGAGAUCUGCUGAAAUAAAAACUGUCUUUUUCAGCAAAUGUGUUAUCUACCCUACUCUUAUGCAAGCCAGAUGAUAAUGGACUAUCAUCAUUAGCAAGGCUCUAUAUAGUGGGGUUCCCUCUUCCUCUCUCACUGAGCAGGUCUUCAGGAUCACCACAGUUUUUUCAGCUGUGUUCUCUUUCCUUCAUUUGCCGGCAUCUGAAUCACAUCUUUGUCCAUCACCUCCACAGGGCUGCAAGAGGUUUACAUCAAGAUCUACAGUAAGGAAUGAACAGCCUAGCAGACUCUUAUUUGGAUGUGCUAUUCAACACUUCUCUGGAACGUUCAGAGCAAUGUGGCAAAGAGACCCAUAUGGAGAACAUCCUUUUUGCUACUUUCUAUUUACUGGAUUUCAUCUUAGCCUUUGUCGGCAAUGCUCUGGCUCUCUGGCUUUUUAUCCGGGACCAAAAGUCAGACACACCAGCCAACAUUUUUCUGAUGCACCUUGCUGUAGCCGACCUGUCUUUUGUGCUAGUCUUACCAACUCGACUGGUAUAUCACUUUUCAGGCAAUCACUGGCCAUUUGGAGAGAUCCCAUGCCGACUCACAGGCUUUCUUUUCUACCUCAACAUGUAUGCCAGCAUCUACUUCCUUAUGUGCAUCAGUAUAGAUCGCUUCCUAGCUAUUGUGCACCCUGUAAAGUCCAUCAAACUCCGCAGGUCACUCUAUGCCCAUUUGGCCUGUGCCUUCCUGUGGGUUAUAGUUGCUGUGGCAAUGGCACCUCUUUUGAUCAGUGUGCAGACUGCUGAGGUAAACAACACUACUGUCUGCCUUCAGCUUUACAGAGAAAAAGCAUCACGCCAUGCUCUUGUGUCCCUAGCUGUAGCAUUUACACUUCCAUUUUUUACCACAGUUACUUGCUACUUAUUGAUUAUACGCAGUCUGAAGAGUGGCAACAGGGUUGAGAAACAUCUCAAGGAAAAAGCCAUCAAAAUGAUCAUCAUGGUUCUUAUGAUCUUCCUGAUCUGCUUUGUGCCCUAUCACAUCAACCGUUACAUUUAUAUCCUCAGUUAUGAUGGCAUGAAGACUUCCUGUGAAAUGCAACGGAUCCUGGCUCUUGGCAAUCGCAUCACUUCCUGCCUCACCAGCUUAAAUGGUGCCCUAGAUCCAGUAAUGUAUUUCUUCGUAGCAGAGAAGUUCCGCGAAGCUUUACGUGGUUUAUUUUGCAGCAAAAAAUCUGCCAGGCUACCUUCAAGUUGUGAUGGAAAAACAAAUGACAGCUCUUUAAGUGCUAAAUCUGAGCUGUAAAUAUAACAA